CCAGGCUCUGGGGUCUGGUUCUGAAUGGAAGGAGCCCAUCCAGGAUACCACAUUGUAUCAAGUAAUCAUGCCUCCUCAUGCUCCUCUUGGUUGUGACAGUUUCUCAAGCUUUUCUUGGUUUUGGUGCUCUUGACAGUGCUGAGGAUUAAUGGUCAGGCAUAUUAAGAAUUAAAUUCUGAAUAAAUCUACAAGUAGGAUGGACAAUUAUUUUAAAGCAGCAGUCAGUGACUUGGACAAACUCCUUGAUGAUUUUGAACAGAACCCAGAUAAACAAGAUUAUCUCCAAGAUUCACAAGGUACAUAUGAUUCUAAUAACUGCUCAGUUUCUUCAGAGUUGGCGCCCUCACAACAAACUUCACUGCUACCAAAGGAUCAACAAUGCAUUAAUAAUUGUGCCUCAUCAGAAAUGUGCUAUGAAACAAAUCAGAUUGCCCUGAAUGAAAAAACACUUGAGGGACUAACUUCUUUACAAAAUGAAAAAAAUGUAACAGGACUUGAUCUCCUUUCUUCUGUAGAUGGUGGCACUUCAGGUGAAAUCCAGCCUUUGUAUAUGGGACGCUGUAGUAAGCCAGUCUGUGAUCUGAUAAGUGACAUGGGUAACUUAGUUCAUGUAACUAAUAGUGAAGAAGAUAUUAAAAAAAUAUUGCCAGAUGAUUUUAAUUCUAGUACAGAUUCUUUGAUUGGGUUGGAUUUACCUUUAGUGUCAGAUACUCCUCGUGGUUCUUCAACAGACCGUAGUAGUGAUAUUGUCAGAGAGGAACAGAAUGAUGCCAACUCUGAAUUACAAAAUAGAGAAAGCAGCGGAACGGAAGAAUUGGAUAUAAAAAUAGAUAAAACACUUUCAGAUUCAUGUAUUUACAGUGGAAUAGAAAAUUUAAAGGAUAAAAAGAUCUCUAAUCUGUUAGAACCAAUUGUUGAUUUUAACAUACCAUCUGCUUCGACUCAACAAAGUUCCAAACUGUUUGAUGCCAAAGACAACCUACAACACAAGAACCAGCCUUGUGAAUUAUUAAAAGAUGAUGGCUGUUUGGAGAAAGAGGGGGUAGAUGUAGCAAUAGUCACAGCUGCCACAGAAUGUUUAAAAGAAGGAGGGAGUAUAUGUGUUCUGCCUUGCACUCUUCCAAAAAAUGAAGGUUUAUGCUUAAAUGAUUCAAAUUCAAGAGAUGAAAAUAUCAAGUUACCUGACUUUUCUUUUCAAGAAGAUAGGACUGCUUUAUUUAUAAAACAAUCUGCAAAAGAAGACUCAGGAAAUUUAGAUCUUAAAGAUAAUGAUGUGCACCAAAAUUCUUCUUCAACUUCACAUAUUUCCAGUGAAGAUGUGCAAUCAUCAUUGUCCUGUCUGCCAGUUUCUGGGUCUUUGCGUGGAUCAUUAAUUGAAAGUAACACACAUGGUGAUUGUGUACCACAGAAUGGACAUACAAGUAAUAUACAAGAUGCAGUGACUGUGCAGGAAGAAAUACAGAAGAGUGUUAUUCUGGGUGGGGAACCAUUCAAGGAGACUGAUCUUUUGAAACAGGAAAAAUGUAAAAAUAAACUUUUUCAGCCAUUAAUUGAAAAGACGGGAGAUAGAAAGGUAGAUUCUGACCAGACAGUGAUCCGGGUUGAAUCUCUGGAUAACACCAAUUCUGCAGCUGCAGAAUCUAAAAUGGGGCUUUCUGGAGCGACUGCCCCAGAGUCUUUUGAUUGCUGUGAAGGUCUCACUUUUUCAGGCAAUGAUAUCAGUGGGCAAGACUUAGAUUAUUUUAAUAUAGAUGAAAGCAUGAAAAGUGGCACACUAAUUAGUGAUGCUGAACUUGAUGCCUUUCUGACAGAACAGUAUCUUCAGACCACUAACAUUAAGUCUUUUGAAGAAAAUGUAAGUAACUCAAACUCUCAAAUGAAUCAGAAAGACUUGAAAGGCCUAGAUGAUGAUAAUGUCAAUAAUAUAUAUUUCACUGCUGAAGCAGGAGCUACUGGGGAAAGUCCUGAUAUUAAUAUGAUUUGUAGAACAGUUGAUAAACAAAAUACAACAGAAAAUGGUGACCUUUCUUUAGGGGAUAAGAGCACAAUUGCAAUUGAACAAGGGUUAUCUAGCAGUAAGGCUGAGAUUACAAAUGAAUUAUCAGCCUCUGAUAUUAACAGUCAAUCUGUUCAUGUUGGAGGGGCCAGACCUAAGCAAUUGGUUAGCCUUCCAUCAAGACCAAAAUGUUCAAAGGAAUUGAAUAAGCUGGAUGUUCCAGAUAUUCCUGAAAGUGAACGCAGUUUAACAGAUACCAUGGUCCCAUCCAUUUGUACUACAGAUUCUACAACUGAUCCUCAAGGUAGCUUCAACUCUAACUACAUUGAUAUAGAAAGUAAUUUUGAAGUUGGAUCCAGUUUUGUAACUGUAAGUGAAGAAUCUCUUUCUUUACCUGAAAAAACUUGCAAAGAAGGCUUAGUUUUGGGACAGAAACAACCUCCUUGGGUUCCUGAUUCAGAGGCUCCAAACUGUAUGAACUGCCAAGUCAAGUUUACUUUUACAAAACGGCGACAUCACUGCCGAGCAUGUGGGAAGGUAUUUUGUGGUGUCUGUUGUAAUAGAAAGUGUAAACUGCAGUAUCUAGAAAAGGAAGCAAGAGUAUGUGUAAUCUGCUAUGAGACCAUUAAUAAGGCUCAAGCAUUUGAAAGGAUGAUGAGUCCAACUGGUUCUAAUCCCAAAUCUAAUCAUUCUGAUGAAUGUGCCACUGGUCAGCCUCUUCAGGAGACCCAAACAUCCAGUAUACCUUCACCUACAGCUUUACCAAUCUCAGCACUUAAACAACCAAGUGGUGACGGACUAUGCUCCAAAGAACAGAAGAGAGUGUGGUUUGCAGAUGGUAUAUUGCCCAAUGGUGAAGUGGCAGAUACAACCAAAUUAUCAUCUGGAAGUAAAAGAUGUUCUGAAGACUUUAGUCCUCUAUUACCUGAUACACCCUUGAUGGUAAACACAGUGGAUCCUGGCUGUUCUACUACAGUGGAAAAACCAAAUGAUGAAAAAGGAGAUAUUACAAGAAAUGAGAUAAUUCAAAAUCCCAUUUCUCAGCUUCCAUCUGUGGAAAAACUGCCUAUAACCACAGGAAUUGAGGAGUUACCUACUUCUGGUUCUUUUAUGCUAGAUGAUGAUGUUUUUGCAGAGAUUGAGGAACCAUGUAGUCCUAUGGAUGUCUUAGUUAACAACAGUUUACCUGCUGCUAGUAUUUCAGAUUAUAGAUUACUGUGUGGUAUUGACAAGUAUGUUUGCAAUAAGAUUAGUCUUUUACCUGAUGAUGAGGACAGUUUGCCCCCACUUCUCGUUGCAUCUGGAGAAUCAGAAUCAGUGGUAGAAGAACACCCAUCUCAUGAGCAGAUCAUUUUGCUUCUUGAAGGUGAAGGAUUUCAUCCUGUUACAUUUAUCCUAAAUGCUAAUCUACUUGUGAAUGUCAAGUUAGUAUUUUAUUCCUCAGACAAAUAUUGGUACUUCUCAACCAAUGGAUUACAUGGCUUGGGACAGGCAGAGAUUAUUAUUCUGUUGUUAUAUUUGCCAAAUGAAGAUACUAUUCCUAAGGACAUCUUUAAACUAUUUAUCACCAUAUAUAAGGAUGCUCUAAAAGGAAAAUACAUAGAAAACUUGGACAGUAUUACCUUUACUGAGAGUUUUCUCAGUAGCAAGGAUCAUGGAGGAUUCCUUUUUAUUACACCUACUUUUCAGAAUCUUGAUGAUCUCCCAUUACCAAGUUAUCCUUUUCUUUUUGGAAUUCUUAUCCAGAAGCUAGAGAUUCCCUGGGCAAAAGUUUUUCCUAUGCGUUUAAUGUUGAGAUUGGGCACAGAAUAUAAAGCAUAUCCUGCUCCUCUAACAAGUAUCAGAGGCCGAAAACCUCUUUUUGGAGAAAUAGGACACACAAUUAUGAACUUACUUGUUGACCUUCGAAAUUAUCAGUAUACCUUGCAUAAUAUAGAUCAGCUAUUGAUUCAUAUGGAAGUGGGGAAAAGCUGCAUAAAAAUACCUCGGAAAAAAUACAGUGAUGUAAUGAAAGUAAUAAAUUCUUCUAAUGAGCAUGUCAUUAGCAUUGGAGCUAGUUUUAGUACAGAAGCAGAUUCUCAUCUAGUCUGUAUGCAGAAUGAUGGAGUUUAUCAAACACAGGCCAACAGUGCAACUGGCCAUCCUAGAAAAGUGACAGGUGCAAGUUUUGUGGUAUUCAAUGGAGCUCUAAAAACAUCUUCAGGAUUUCUUGCUAAAUCCAGCAUAGUUGAAGAUGGCUUAAUGGUACAAAUAACUCCAGAGACCAUGGAUGGCUUACGGUUAGCUCUGCGAGAGCAAAAAGACUUUAAAAUUACAUGUGGGAAAGUUGAUGCAGCCGACCUGAGAGAGUAUGUGGACAUCUGCUGGGUAGAUUCUGAAGAAAAAGGAAACAAAGGUGUUAUCAGUUCAGUGGAUGGCAUAGCAUUACAAGGAUUUCCAAGUGAAAAAAUAAAACUUGAAGCAGAUUUUGAAAGUGAUGAGAAGAUGGUCAAGUGUACUGAGGUGUUCUACUUUCUAAAGGACCAGGAUUUAUCUAUUUCUGCAACUCCUUAUCAGUUUGCAAAAGAAAUAGCCAUGGCUUGUAGUGCUGCACUGUGCCCCCACCUGAAAACUCUAAAAAAUAAUGGGAUGAAUAAAAUUGGACUCAGAGUAUCCAUUGACACUGAUAUGGUUGAAUUUCAGGCAGGAUCUGAAGGCCAACUUCUUCCUCAGCAUUAUCUCAAUGCUCUUGAUAGUGCUCUGAUUCCUGUGAUACACGGCGGAGCCUCCAACUCGACUAGUUUACCGUUAGAAAUGGAAUUAGUGUUUUUCAUUAUAGAAAACUUUUUUUAGUGAAAGGACAUAUUACAAACUGACUUUUUAAAACUAACUCUAGCACUAAAGUUAAAAUGCCACAAACACUAACUAUGAUGUUUGAAACAUGUAAGCUUUGCUUUUUAGGCAGGAAUGAUCUUUUUAAAUCAUUAGCACAAUAUUUAAAACUCUAAAAAUUUAAGGAAUCCACAAGUUUUGAAGCUUUACAAUUAAUGCAAGUACUAAAAAGACAAGGAUUUCUUCUAUCUUUAAGAAAUUUGUAGCAUUUACUGUUUCAUUUAAAUGCUAAACCAAAGUAUCUGCACCUAGGUAUACCUCUUUAUGCCAAUAACGGUUUUAAUGAAGGCUCUUUUCAGAUGUAACCUUAUGAGGGAAAUAUCUGUUCUGCAUAUAUGUCAAUUAGAUUGCUGGUUUCUAAAGCCUGUUAGAAAUGUAUUUCAAUGGCACAGGCCAGUUUUCAGAUCUUAGACCUAUAUGAUAAUUCUUUGAAUAAAGCAGAUAAUUUAUUUGUAUAAUUGGAGUGGAGACCUACCUCCAUGAUUAGAUAAACCCUGAUUAGAUUAAAAUCAAAAUUUUGCCUUUUUUCUCAAAUUAUUUAAUAUACAUAUAUAUGCAUACACAUGAUUUUUCCUGUUAAAUGGGUAUUCUUAAAAUAAUUGUGGGUACUUCAGGACCUUGUGCUUCUAUAUUUAUUGUUUUUAUAGAGAGAACAUAUGAUUCAGUAUGUGUUUUAUAAAUCUUUAAUAAUUUAUAAAUAGGUAAUAUUUUUGUAUUGAAGUACAUUAUUUCCCUCCUUUCUUUCCAAAGUAUACUGCUGAAUUUACUGUUUCUAAGACUGAUGACAGGCCAGAUUACCCUUGAAGUAGUCAUUAUGUAGCAAUAAAUGAAGCUCAAGCUAGGUUUUUUUUACUUCUACUUUAAUCCUUAAAAAUUUCUUGGCCUUGCUGCAUAAUUUCAUUGCCACCAGUGUAUUACAUAUAAACUUUAAUGAACUAAUUACUUUUGCAUAAAUUAGAUUCUUUAUAUGGUAGUUAUUUUGAUACAGGAUAUUAACAUAAGUUAUAUAUAGCUCUGCACAGAGCUUUCCUCUUUACUUCAAACAGAAAAAAAAAAUAAAAAAGGAAAGGGCAUAUUUUAGGUUAGUCCCAUCAUUUAAGUUAUAUAAAAUUAUUAAUUUUUGAUGCUUUUGUAUUCUUAUGUGGAAUAUAUGUAUGUUUUUGUAUAAAAACACUCCUGUAAUCUCAAAAAAAAAGAAAAUAUUCUUACUAGCCCUGUUUUGAAAAAAAUAUUCACAAAGCAUCUCAACUUGAAAACAAAGUCAAGGUUAUAACUCAGGAUCUGAGGGAUCAGGCUAGAAGAGACUGAGAACUUAAAUCAGUUUGGGCAUAUGAUUCCUUCUGAAUCACAUCCAUAGUACUAGCCAAAGACAGUGUGGAGGAGAAUAUCAGUCUUCUGGAAGUAGCUGCUUCAUAAAGAAUGUGUAAAAUGUUGCAGAUAUUAAAUGACGUGGCAACAUGUAAUAACUUGUGAAGUUUAUUUAAAUGGUAUAAGAUAAAAACAAUUGCAUAUGAAACUCAAUUUGUGUUUUCUUUAUGUGAUGUGUUUUUAUUUUGUGGUAUAAUUGCACAAUCUAAGAAUACUGAUUUUAACUUAAAAUAACCAAAUGGUGGAGGGCUCUUCCCAUGAUGGAAUAGCUUUCAAUUAGUUUUCAUAAAGUGUCUAUAUUCAAUAAUAAUUGGAAUUAUAUGCUUGACAUUUGGAGGCACAUUCUAAAGUGUUCUUUGUACAUGCAGUAUGUUUCUGUUACUUAUUUGGUCAUAUUUUUCACGUUGGUACUGUAAUUGAAAUUUUAGUUCUUUUAAAACUGAAGGAAUAGAAUGGUUCUUUGUACUCAGUCUGCAGUGACAUAAUUUUUGGUCUUAUGCCUUUUACUACUACUCUUUCUGAAUUUUGAAAUAUGAAGUAAAAUGUGGCCCAUUUGUUUUAUGCAACAUUCCAACAAACUUUGUGUGUGUUUGUGUACUUGCUGUGUGCAAAGCACUUUAUUAGACUCCUUUGGUUGAAAGAUGAAUAAAAUAGUUCUUUUCCCUCUUGGA